AUGGCAAGUCACGGUAUAUCUCGCGGGUCAGGCCCGGUAAUCCGAUCAGAAGAAGCGCGACAGAAGGAGCUUCAACAAAUCGCGGAUUACAAAGGUUUGGCCGAUCUGGUGAACACAAAGGUUGCAGAGAAGCAGUAUACCAUCGAGGUCUUGGGCCUUGUCACCAAACUUUUGAACGAGAACCCCGAAUAUUACACGAUAUGGAACCACCGAAGACGCGUCUUGAUGGCGCUGGUAACGUCAGACACUCCUGAGCAACCGCCGGACGACCUCUUGCAGGGCGACCUGCAGCUCACGUUUGCGCUGUUACGGAAAUUCCCCAAGUGCUAUUGGAUAUGGAACCACAGAAACUGGCUUCUGCGUGAAGGGGAGGCGCUGAUGGGCGCGGAAGCAGCACAUAAGCUUUGGUCAGGAGAACUACAACUCAUAAACAAGAUGUUACACGCAGACAGUCGCAAUUUUCAUGCUUGGGGCUAUAGACGCUUCGUGGUGUCGCAGAUCGAGCGCCUGGCCACAUCUGAAGACAUUCCCGCGACCGGUAUUACCCCAAGAAGCCUUACAGAGUCCGAGUUCGAGUACACGACCAAAAUGAUCAAGACCAAUCUAUCCAACUUCUCCGCCUGGCACAACCGCAGCCAGCUUAUCCCCAAGAUUCUCUACGAGCGCCAUGCAGACGCCAAAGCGCGCCGCGCAUUCCUCGACUCAGAACUAGCUCUGAUAUGCGAAGCCAUAAACACCGAUCCUUUCGAUCAGUCUAUAUGGUUCUACCACCAGUACCUCCUCUCGAUAUUGUCUCCGUCAUGUCCACCGGAUUCGCUUGUCGUUCAGGACCUGACCAACGGCGAGCGACAAAAAUACUACGAGCACGAGAUGGAGUAUAUCAGGGAGAUAUUGGAGGACGAGGCGGAUUGCAAGUGGAUAUACGAGGCGCUGCUUGGACUUGCAGAGGCGUACUUGGACGUGGACGCAGGAACCGGAUCGUUUACAACAAAAGAUAUGAAGUCGUGGCUAGACGAGCUGAAGCGUUUAGAUCCGCUGCGGCGGGGGCGGUGGGAUGAUCUCGAGCGUCGACUGAAUCUUUAA